AUGUCCAUGUCAAUGGGUGACAUGCCUGCGGGCUCAAUGUCCAUGGGUGAUGGCGUCCCAAGUCUGUUCACCCUACAGAAGAUGUACUGGGCUGUCGUGGGAAGUGCAAUCGGGGCAGCAACACUCGUUAACGUGCUGGAUCGCAUUAUUGCUAGCCAUCGCUUACGAGAUUCUUCACUCACCCCCGCCAAACCAAAAUCACUCUUCUUCAAUGUCUAUGCCACCAUCACAGCAACAGCCCGCGAAGUCAGCUAUGCGACUCCACGGCCGCUUCGACUCGGAGGGUUGACUAUCCAUUUCCCGCCACUUGGCCCCGUCCUCAUCAUGCUAGCCAACCUGAUAGUAGUCAUUGUCCUUUGUUUCUACAAACUGAACACCUUAGAUCCAUGGGCAUGGGAGAACGUUGGCUACCGCACUGGGUUCAUCGGGAUUUGCCAGCUGCCGCUGAUCUUCUUGCUGGCAGGCAGGCAAAACAUUAUUGGGUUCUUGGCAGGAAUGAGCUACGUCAGUCUGAACUGGUACCAUCGCUGGGUCGCGCGGACACUGUGGUUGACAACCACAAUCCAUAUGGGGUUCUGGUUCCGCAAUUGGGGUCGCUGGAAUUAUAUCACCUACCAGCUUUAUAACGAUCCGUUGACGAAGCGUGGAUUUUCCGCUUGGGUUAUCCUGACCUUUAUUGUGAUCACUUCCUUCGCUCCAAUUCGUCGGCUCAGUUAUGAGUUCUUUGUUACCCAGCAUCUAGUCACCUUCGUUGGCUUUAUUGUUGCAGUGUGGAUGCAUGCACCUGAUGAAGUCAAGACCUGGGUAUGGAUCCCGAUUGGGCUGGUGGUCUUCGAUAGGGUUGCGCGCUACACCUGGGGUGCAUACGUAAACUUGACCAUUUUCCACAAAGAGAACAAGACAAAUGCUCUCUGGGCACACUCGGCUACGUUUACUCCGCUACCUGGAAAUGUCACUUGCGUUACUAUCGAAAACCCCGGUAUCAGGUGGCAACCCGGUCAGCAUGUCUUCCUCACUUGCCACUCCGUCGUCCCAUUGCAAUGUCAUCCAUUCACUAUUGCAUCGAUCCCAGAAGAUAAUAAGAUGAAAUUCUUCAUCCGCGCUGAAAAUGGGGGAACAAGACGUUUCUUCCGAUACGCCUCAAAGCACGAUAGUCUAUUGGGCAGUGGGCAAGUGAUGUCCGGUAAGACUGUUUUUAUUGAAGGACCAUAUGGAAGCAUCAGGCCCUUGCGUCAGUUCGACAGUGUUAUACUGCUGGCAGGUGGCAUGGGUGCGACAUUCACGGUACCUCUUCUGCGGGACGUUGUCUCAGCAUGGAAGCUGGAUACCAACGACAUCAAGCAGAUUCCCGCUCGGAUCGCUCGCUUGACAGCUACCAAGCGGUUGCGUUUUGUCUGGGUAAUCAAAUCACGUUCUCAACUGGCUUACUUUGACUCCGAACUGCAGUCUCUACUAGCAGAUGUGAAUGAAUGUCGACGCACACAUUCAAAUUUCGAGAAAGAGAUUGAAAUUAGCAUAUAUAUCACAUGCGAUGAAAAGCUAGAUCCGCCUAUCUCUGUCUCACUACCAUUGCAGACACAGUCUUCCCCUAUACUGGAGACCUUCACGCAAGACGAGACCAAGAACAUAUCCGAGAAAGACAAUAUCUCCAUUCAUUCUGUCUCCGCCGAGUCAACACCGACUCCAGGACCCGUGGUAACAGGCAGGGGCUGUCUCCCUGGUGGAGGCUGUUGUUGCACUACCCAAAUCCAAGACGAGGAAAUCAGCACCUGUGCCUGUACCUGCUCUGGCCCAGCGCCUGUUCAGUCUGAGAAGGCCGCCAUGGAUACAAAACCCCAUCAGUCUGGAGACCUCAGAAACAAAAUAAUAGUUUCUCCUAAUAUUGUCUUUGGUCGUCCAACACCACGAACUAUCAUCUGCAAGGUCCUAGAGAAAGCCGAAGGAGAAAGUGCUGUGGUUGUAUGCGGACCUCGAGGCCUAGCAGACGAUGUCCGCCGCAGCGUGGUUUCUCUAAGCGAUGAACGAGCUGUGCACAAGGGAACUGGCGCGCAGGGGAUCUACUUGCAUGUUGAGAACUUUGGUUUAUGA